ACAUAGUUGAUCACACCACUAAAGCUUAUACUAUUUUCUGAUGUAAUAAUUAUCUUCUUUUGCUGUGUCUUUACUCUUGUUUCCCCUUUCUACAGUUUCGAAACUCUUUGAUUAUCUCAGUCAAUGAUAUUCCCUUUUACUCAAAAAAAAACAGAGACGUUAAGACAAAAAACGCGGUCUUGUGCUGUGUUGGUCAUCAUUAACGCCUCCAUUGGGGCCAUGCGUCAUGGUUAACGUAGACAAGCAAUUUCUCUCCCCGCUCUAUAAUGGACAUUGGAGAUCAGUGAUCACACUGCGCUCUUCACAAUACGUUUAGCUUCUCGUUCGUACUCUGCCUUUUGAAGCCGAUGAGUUGGAUGAACAGAUUGGAGGGCAUGGAUUGCUUGUACAAGAAUCCCAAUGAACCAAUUGAAGCUCGCGUUCAGGACCUUCUUUCCCGAAUGACUCUGAAAGAGAAGAUUGGUCAGAUGACCCAAAUCGAGCGUCGCGUCGCAACUCCUUCCGCCAUUAGGGACUGGUCUAUUGGGAGCAUGCUUAGUUGUGGAGGGGGUGGCCCUUUUGAAAAUGCCAUGGCAUCGGACUGGGCUGACAUGGUGGAUGGAUUUCAAAUGUCGGCUCUCGAGUCCAGAUUAGGCAUACCGCUCAUGUAUGGGAUCGAUGCAGUUCAUGGUAAUAAUAGCAUAUACGGUGCCACUAUAUAUCCUCACAAUGUUGGCCUCGGAGCUACUAGUUUUCAUUUUUUGCUCGUGACCGUUUGUAGGGAUGCAGAUUUAGCAGAAAGAAUUGGGGCUGCAACAGCACUUGAAGUUAGAGCAAGUGGGAUUCACUAUGUUUUUGCUCCUUGUGUUGCAGUCUGCAGAGAUCCCAGGUGGGGAAGAUGCUAUGAGAGUUACAGUGAAGAAACUGAGAUAGUCAGAAAGAUGAGCUCCAUAGUUUCAGGCUUGCAGGGUCAUCCUCCACAAGGACAUCAACAUGGUUAUCCGUUUGUCGGUGGAAGAAACAAGGUUAUUGCCUGUGCAAAGCACUUUGUUGGAGAUGGAGGUAUUGAGAACGGCAAAGAUAGAGGAAAUACAAUAUUAUCAUAUGAAGAGUUAGAAACAAUCCACAUGACUCCUUAUUUGGACUGCAUUUCACAGGGGGUUUCAACCAUUAUGGUUUCUUAUUCAAGUUGGAAUGGAAGCAAACUCCAUUCUCACCAUUUCCUUAUUACUGAAAUUUUGAAAGAAAAGCUAGGUUUUAAGGGUAUUGUAACUUCUGACUGGAUGGGAAUUGAUAAGCUUGCUACACCAAUUGGGUCAGAUUACCGAAAGAGCAUCUUUUCAGCUAUUAAUGCUGGAAUUGACAUGGUGAUGGUGCCUUAUAGAUUUGAACAAUUUAUUGAAGAACUGACCUCCCUUGUAGAAUCAGGGGAGGUACCAAUUGCCAGAAUUGAUGGUGCUGUUGAACGAAUAUUAAGAGUGAAAUUUGCUUCUGAUCUUUUUGAAUCCCCUUUAUCUGAUAGAUCUUUGCUAGAUAUAGUUGGUUGCAAGAAACAUAGAGAUCUUGCACGUGAAGCAGUUCAAAAGUCCUUGGUUCUGUUGAAAAAUGGGAAGCUUCAUAGCAAACCUUUACUUCCUUUAAACAGAAAAGCCAAGAGGAUUCUUGUAUCUGGAACUCAUGCAGAUGAUCUAGGGCUUCAAUGUGGAGGCUGGACUAAAAAUUGGCAAGGUCAAAGUGGGCGAAUUACAAUUGGUACAACGCUCUUGGAUGCCAUUGAGGAAGCUGUAGGAGAUGAAACUGAAAUUAUUUAUGAGCAGAGUCCAUCAAAAGAUACUCUAGAACGUAAUGACAUAUCUUUUUCCAUUGUAGCUGUUGGUGAAAAACCCUAUGCUGCGUUUUUUGGUGACAAUCAUGAGCUCGUAAUCCCAUUUAAUGGCCCUGACAUAAUAAGCUCAAUUGCAGAUAAAUUCCCAACUCUAGUAAUUCUGAUAUCUGGAAGACCCUUAGUGUUAGAGCCAUGGCUGUUAGAAAAGAUUGAUGCUCUUGUUGCUGCUUGGUUACCUGGUACUGAAGCUCAAGGAAUCACAGAUGUUAUCUUUGGACAUGUUGACUUUAAGGGUCAACUUCCUAUGACUUGGUUUAGAAGAGUUGAGGAUCUUGAUCAACUAAAUUAUGGGGUUAAAAUGCAUGAUCCUUUAUUCCCACUUGGCUUUGGGUUGACAUAUUCUAAGAACUAAAGUCCCGUUUAGUUGCUAGAAAAAAAUGGAAUGGAAUUAAUUGAAAAAAUAAAGAUAAAAAUGAACUAAAUUAUCCUUCCUCCAAUAGUAAGUAUCAAGGGUAGAGACAAAGGGAUCGGCUGGAAACCUUAACUUUUUAAUUUUUUUUAGUAAAAUAUAGAGGUUAUAUAUUUUCGGCUCUUAUAAAUUGGAACAUUAUAGCAAUUAUAAAACACUAGAUGAAAUUUUCAUUUCAAUUA